AUGGGCAAGCGGACCUAUAGCGGGCUGGGCAUGUAUGCCUGGGUGCAGCGGCCCGAAGGCGUGCCGCGUUCCUCGCUCCACUCGAAGGAAAUCCCCACCGCCGACAAUGGCUGGAGCGGCCAGAACUACCCGGGCUACGCCAAUCCCGAGAUGGACAAGGCACUGGACGCCGCCGAACGCGAACUUGACGUCGUCAAGCGGCGCGCACAGUUCGCCGAGAUCCAGAAGCUGGCGGCCGACGACCUGCCGUCCCUGCCCCUGUUCUUCCGCGUCGAUCCCUUCGUGAUCCCGAAGCCGCUCAAGGGCGUGACGCCCACCGGCACGCUCAACAGCUCGACCCUCUGGAUCGAGCAAUGGCGCUGGGAAAACUAG